AUGGAGGAACAGAGUAUUUUGACAACAAAGUCAUAUAAACGUGCUGAAACAAAUUUAAAAGAUAAAUUGAAAUCAACAUUUUUAAAGCAACAUUCUCAUUAUUUGGUACCUGGAUAUAAUUUGCAUAGCAACUUUUCUGUGGAUGACUCUGAUUUAGAAAAUGUUAUCAAUCAGUAUCAGGAAUAUCCUUAUCAUUGUGAUCUACCAAAACCUUUAUUACCACCAGCGAAAUUGCCUAGAAGUGUAUUGAAUGAAGAAGACCCUGCAUUAGAAUUAGUUAUUCUUAAAAAUCAAAUGAGGAAUGAUAUCGAAAGAUUGAAGCAUUAUUAUUUGAAACAUGAGAAAGAAUUAGGAUUAGUACAGAAAAAGCAUAUAAAAUGGAAUGACACCAAAAGUGCAACAACUGCUAAAGUGCCUCAAUAUGUAGCAGAUUUAGCCCAAAUUAUUGAUAAAGAUCCAGAUCCAUAUUUUGAAGGGGCUUAUAAUUGGUAUUACACUGGUGGAACUGUAGAUUAUAUACAAUUACAUAAUGUAAAUAUUCUACUUUUUCCGUUUAUGGGGGAAUUAGUAAGUGCACCUCUUGUUAAUGGAGGAGAAUGUUUAUGGAAACUACUGUUACAAAAAGGAGCUAAGUGUGAGCUUAAUAGUUCAUUGUAUGAAUUAAAACAUAAUGUCAAUGUUGAUACCUGUAUGAUUUUGGGUAGACAUAAGAAACAUUGUAAUUUUUAUAUAUUAUCUGAACAUGACAAUAAAUGUCAACUUACUGAAAUACAUGAACAAAAGUCGAAAAUUCCUUAUAUUAGUGCAGAUUUAAGCCCAAUUAAUGUGAAUCAGUAUUGUACUGUAAAUGUUGAAAGAUAUGUAACAUUAUGGGAUAUAAAUAAAAUGAAACGCAUAAAUGGUAAAACUGUAUUGCAAUCUACUGUGGUAGAUGAUUCAUGGGGGAGUAUAAAAUUUGACUCAGUGGAUCCUGAUGUUCUUUUAUUUGUAGAUAGAUGCUGUCUUCAUUAUCUUGAUGUUAGAGUUUCAUUGGAUCAACCUGUCAUAACAUUGUGCCCAAAAUCAUAUUUAGAAAACUGUGAACAGCUUUGCUUAGAUGUUGCCAGUAGAAAUAAUUUUUGUAAAUAUGUAGGAACUUCUCAUAGCAUUUUAAUGUGUGAUAAUCGUUUUCCAAAGCAAUGCGUUCAACAAAAAUGGACCCAUCAAUUUAAAGGUUUACCACUUAUGGGUCAUGUAAUGAACAGAGAAGACAAGGAAUUCGUUGUUUUAUCCAGCCAAAUUGCUGGUGAAACUACAAUUAUUGUAAAUACAUGGACUAGCAGUGAAAUGUCACACUCGUUUUAUUUUCCAUACACUCCUCCUCAUAUUAAAGAAACAUUAAACGAAUCUCAAACACUGGGAAUGGCUUUGAAUCCAUAUUUGAGAGAUAGAUUUGAAUUGUCUAAUACUGGUUCUUUUGUGAUAAAAGAUGACACUCAGAAUAUAUUUUUAUUUUUUCAAAAUUCUAUUGGUGACAUAUUUUAUCAAUGCAUAACACAUGAUACUCCAUUAGAUAAGUAUUCAUCUGUUAAUGGUAAAUCGUGUUGUUUAUUGAAUGCUUGGGAAAAUGCAAUAUGUGCACAAACAGAUACUGUAGUACCUCUGACAAUGUCUGAUAAAUCAGAUAUGCAACAUGUUUUUGAAAGUUUUACAAAUAAAAAGUUACGACUAAAAUAUAACGAGCGUAAUGCAGAUGAUUAUUUUGAACCCAGUUGGAAGCAAUCCCUUGAAAAAUUAAAUACUUAUAUGGAUAUAUUAGCACCAGAACUUUUAGCUGUAUGGGAUAUAUGUGACGAAGUUCCUUUGCCUUUGACAGCAGCACCUCAUCAAAAAGUUUUAAGUUGGUUAGAAUCUGCAGAUACAAAGGCUCCAAUUUUGUCACAGGAAGAUUUAGAUAACGUAUCUACGCCAAUUAAUACACAAGAACUAAUAAGUGUAUCUCAAGAAAUAGAUAUAACUUACUUGGAUGAUAGUAAUGCACUACAAGAUCUUUUACCAAAAGUUAAAAUUACGCAUCGUAGAAAAAAGGAAAAUGCACGAAAGAAGCAAAAAAUAUAA